AUGAACCCCGCCGCCUCGCAGGCGGCUCUCAUCUCGGCCAACGGCGCCGCAAACUCCAGCUCCAGCUCCUCCAGCUCUCAGGUCUCCUUCGAUGUCCUGCCCAUCGAGGUCCUCUCCCUCGUAGCGUCCCUCGUGUCGCCGCCCUUCUACCUUCCCCCGCCUCCCGCCGAGCCGAGCCCAAGGCCGCCCGCGCACAUUGUCGAGUCGCUCGACCCCAAGCCCGCCCCUCAGCAGACCAGCUCCCAGGCCGUCUCGGCGCUGACCAAGAGCAGCGCGCACGUUCUCGAGGCUACGCGCCCGUGGCUCUGGGAGAAUGUUGACGUUCGCUCGGGCCGCGGCUGGCUCGCAGUUGUCGAUGCGCUGACCGAGGAGGUCGUCGACGCAGUCGAGGACGAGGUCGUGCAUCACGAGUCCGUCUUUGUCGACACGCCUCCCUCCCCGCGCAGCCCGGGCCAGUCCCCUGGCGGGUUCCGCCCGCACCACCACCAUCACACGUCACCUGAUGUCGGCACCAGCGCCUCCGCGGCUGCUGCCGCUGCGGCGGCGGCUUCCCAGCAGCCGAGCCAGCCCGUCGAGACCAUGCCUUCGGUGCCCGUCGGUACUGCGAUGCGCGACCCGCGCGAGAACCUCGGCCUUAUGCGCUCGGUUACGAUCAAUGAGAACGUCGCCAAGGCGUACUACUCUGACAAGGGCUGGACUCACGAGCGCACGCGGACCAUGUCUCCGCCGCAGCCGCGGAGGCUCAGCAUGCUGAUCACUCCCCCAGGGUCGCGCAAUACGUCUCCGAGUGCUCGUCUGCGUGGUCGCUCUCGCUCGCCCCGCCGCAACCUCGUCUUCGAGGAAGGCAUCAGCUCCGUGCUUGCUCGCUCCUUCAACCAGCGCUCGUUCAGUGGCAGCCUGCCCCCGGGACAGCGCCCGCUCAUGCGUCAGAGCUCGCUGUCUCUGUCACGCACAGCCCACGCCCUGCUCGAGGAGAGCGAUGACGAGGACUGCGACCAGGGCAACCACCAGUUCAUGCAGGCGCUGCGCACGCCUCCGAAGGAGAACGAGGAUCUGCCUAAAGUGGAGCAGGAAGAGGAGGCGCACGAGAACGCCAACCCCGACCUUCUGCCCCCGCCCGGGCCGUACAUCCGGCACCUGUCCUUCACCAACUUCCGCACGAUCGGAUCCCGCCGCUCGCAGGACGAGGCCGUGCGCGGACGCUACGUGACGGCCGGGAGGCUUGAGGGCGUCAUCAAGAACACCCCAAACCUUCGCUCGCUCUGCAUGACAGAGUACGUCGACAGCGCCCUCUCGUCUGCGGUUGUCGAGGAGAUUUUCUUCAGAGGCUACUCCAAGCCCCGCGUCCGCAAGAACCGCGCCGCGAGCUUCUCCUCACCUCAGGCCAGGGCUCGCGCCAUGUCGAUCCAGCAGGAGCCCGAGCCGGCGCAGUCCACGAUCGACGACCUCAUGGACCCUCCGCGACCCAGCUACGUGCCCUACGAGGAGGAGACCGAGGACGACAAGUGGGCUCGCCGACGGCAGUUCCAGCCCCUCGAGUCCCUGGACCUGACCGGCUGCGUCAGCGACAACUUCACGGACGCCAUCCACGAGUUUGGCGAGAACUGGCUCGGCCUUGGCGAGGAGGACGAGGACGAGGACAGGGGGCGCGGGCGCUCCCGCCGUCGCGAGGACGACGACGAGGACGAGGAUGACGAGAUGGACGAGGACGAGGUGCCCGAGCAGCGCCACCGCGUCAGCUUCCCGGCUCUCCGCCGCCUGUCGCUGCGCACCUGCCGCAGGCUCCCGCCCGCGUUCAUCCACGCGCUCGUCCUCGCCAUGCCGAACCUGACCCACCUCGACCUCUCGGGAACCCGCGUGGGCAAUAGCCUGCUGCAGGCCCUGACGCACUCUCCUCCCCGCGGCAUGCGUCUCGAGUCGCUCUCGCUCGCUCGCUGCCCGGGCCUGGACCCGACCGUCGUCGUCGACUUCCUCCUCAAGUCGCCCGUCGCCGCCGACCUCGUCGACCUCAACCUCUUCGUGAACCCGACGCAGGGUAACGCCAUCGGGUCCGAGGACCUGAUGCGUCUCCUCGAGGCGCCUUGCUUCCGCUCCGGAAGGCUCAGGUACCUCGACCUGUCCUCUGCUGGCAUCACGGCCGCGCAUCUCGCGCCCGACGUCUUCCCGCCUCAGCCGUCGCUGGUGUCCCUCGGCAUGAGCCACAUCCCCCUCCUGCCGCUCCGCGACGUCGCGAGCUUCAUUCAGACCACCGCACCCGGAGUCGAGGUCCUCACCCUGGCCGGAACGGCGGUGCACGACUUGCGGCCCGACGCGAGCUCGCUGCAGAUCACGCUCUGCAUCCAUGCCCUGCUCAUCAACCCGCUCACGACCAUGCCGUUCAGCAUCUCGGGCCUGAACCUCUCCGGCCCCUCGAAGGCGGACCUGACGUGCGGCCCGACUCGCCUCCGCGUCGUCGAGCUGUCCUCGUCCAUCCGCCGCUCGCUCGAGAACUCGCAGGGCGCCUCUCGUACCGAGUGGCAGGUCAUCCGCUCCAAGGGCGGCCGCGGGUGGUACGUCGACGUCUCGGCCGGCUGGAUCCCGACGAGCACGGUCUCUGACUGGGGCUAUGUCACACAAGAGCCGAUCGAGGUCGGCGAGGGCAUGGGCGCGAUGAGCUUCGUGCGCCACCUGCCCAACGCGCACUCGUGGAGGCAGUGGCUCACCCGCCUUGCCGAGGCUAAUGGCCGUGUGUCGAGCUAUGUUGGGUGGCACUCGAGGAAGAUGGAGGUGGUCAGGGGAGAGGGCAUGAUGGGCAGGGAGGACGGGAUGGGCGGAGUCGAUGCGUUUGCUCUGGAGUGA